GAGGUGCUGCAUGUUGCAGGAGUGGAAAUGCAGUUAACAGCUGCUGUUUCAUUUUUGACUGUUCUACAAGAGGAGUCAGUGUCCAUUCACACAUACUCCCACUCCUUCCUACACAUCAUUCUCCAAAACGUGGAACACAGAGAUGCAGGUGUCAGCAAUGCAUGGCUAGAAACUCUUCUUGCUGUAAUAGAAGCUUUACCAAAAGAGACUAUCAGACAUGAGAUCCUGAAUCCACUAGUUUCCAAAGCACAGCUUUCUCAAACACUUCAGUCCCGCCUAGUUAGUUGUAAAAUCAUGGGAAAAUUAGCUAACAAAUUUGAAGCUCAUAUUAUUAAAAGAGACAUUCUUCCAUUGGUAAAAUCAUUGUGCCAGGACGUGGAAUAUGAAGUUAGAACUUGCAUAUGUCGGCAACUGGAACAUAUAGCUCAAGGAAUAGGGACAGAACUAACAAAAACUGUGGUGCUUCCUGAGUUAGUAGAACUUGCAAGAGAUGAGGGUAGCAGUGUACGUCUUGCAGCUUUUGAGACGUUAGUGAACCUGCUUGAUAUGUUUGAUGCAGAUGAUAGGAGUCAAACUGUGCUUCCCUUAGUGAAAUCAUUCUGUGAAAAAUCCUUCAAAGCAGAUGAAUCUAUCCUAGUUUCUUUAUCUUUCCAUUUAGGGAAACUAUGUAAUGGAUUAUAUGGCAUUUUUACUCCUGAACAGCACUUACGGUUUUUUGAAUUUUAUAAGAAGCUUUCCACACUGGGUUUACAGCAAGAAAAUGGGCACAGUGAUAAUCAACUACAACUUCAAAAUCUGGAACAGGAAAAGAAGCAUAUUUUGGUCAGGAAGAACUGUGCUUACAAUUUUCCAGCCAUGAUUGUUUUUGUGGACCCAAAGAAUUUCCAUUUAGAACUAUAUUCUAUAUUCUUCUGCCUUUGUCAUGACCCUGAAGUUCCCGUCAGAUAUACUAUGGCCUUAAGCUUCUAUGAAGUGGCUAAGCUUUUAAAUUCUGGUGUGUAUACAAUACAUAAAGAACUGGUUACACUAUUGCAAGAUGAGUCACUGGAGGUGCUAGAUGCCCUGGCAGGUCACCUCCCUGAAAUCCUUGAACUAAUGACUAAUGUAGGAGAAAACAGUGGAUCAGAGAACAAGUUAUUGGCUAUUCCUGACUUGAUUACUGCAUUAACAACAGCAGAACAGAGAGCAGCAACUUCUUUGAAAUGGAGAACUCAUGAGAAGUUACUACAAAAAUAUGCAUGUCUCCCUCAUAUCAUAUCAAGUGAUCAGAUUUAUUACCGUUUUCUUCACAGAAUGUUGACAAUCAUUUUGACAAAUAAUGUCCUACCAGUCCAAAAAGCAGCUGCUCGAACUCUCUGCGUUUAUUUGCGUUAUAAUCGCAAACAAGAACAGAGGCAUGAGGUUAUUCAGAAACUGAUUGAACAACUGGGCCAAGGAAAAAGUUAUUGGAACAGACUUCGGUUUUUAGAUACGUGUGAAUUCAUUAUGGAACUGUUUUCAAAAUCAUUCUUCUGUAAAUACUUCUUUCUACCUGUGCUUGAACUUACACAUGAUCCAGUGGCAAAUGUGAGAAUGAAGCUAUGCUAUUUGUUGCCAAAAGUUAAAUCGACUCUGAAGAUACCCGCUGAUAAACAUUUACUUCAGCAGUUAGAGUUAUGUAUAAGGAAACUUCUGUGUCAAGAGAAAGACAAAGAUGUCUUGACUAUUGUAAAAAGAACAGUGUUAGAAUUGGACAGAAUGGAGAUCUCUGUAGAUGCUUUUCAGAAAAGAUUUUACGAAAAUGAUUUAUUGGAUCAAGAAAAAGAGAGACAAGAACAUCUUCUUUUGGAAAUGGAACAAUUAGAAAAAGAGAAGCAGCAAAAUGAAGGAAGAUCUACAAAUAUUAAUAACAAAAUAUUUGAAAAGAAGCGCAGAGACAGUAAAACAUCAUCAGUUUUGGCAAAAAGUAUCACACUGUCUAUUCCUGGAAGCUCUUCUGCUACAUCAGCAGGCAAAGAAGACAAAAAAUCGAAGUUGGUUCGAAGCCAGUCUUUCAGUACUCAAGCGCUACAUCCAAAAUACAGCACCUUAGACAAGUGUCCUAAUAAAAGCUCUGCUACAGGAUAUACAUCUUCAGGAGUGGGAAAGAAUUGUAUGUUAUCCUUUACUGAUGAUUCAUUCCGGACUCAUUCUAGUGGUAAUAGUGGGAAUGUUGCCUUCCCUUCCAGUUCUUCUUCUCGCAACUUAUUUAACUCAACUGACCAGAAGAGCAAUGGAAAUAAGGAGAGUCAGUCCCGAAAGAUGAGCAUAAAAUCCAGAAAAUCAAACUCUUAA